AUCUUUAAAAAAAUAAUAAAAAAAUUGUAUAGUCGGAAUCUGUAGGCGCUUUGGCGCAGCCAUUUUCGAUCUACCUUUCUUCUGAUCGAUCAGUCAAAACAUACACAUAAACACCAUAAAGAACCUCUUCAUUUUCCUCUUCUUUCUUUUAUGAAACUGUAAGUUAAAUAAAAUCGAAUCCUCAUGGCCCUUUCAAUGGCGGUUUCACGGCUUAGGAACCCAGUUCUCUCAAGAGCUCUCCCAUCUCUGUUGAGAGCUCGUUUUCUAUCUUCCUUCGCCUCACCCACACCACUUUCUCGCAGUUCAAAUGUGGAAAGGCCUUUCAAGGACUGGGAUGGAUCUUGCUUAAGCAGGUCCAAUGCUUUGUCCACCAUAAUUGGAGUAUACGGUAAUUCAUCAAAGUUCAAGGUUUUGCAGUUGCAGAUUGGAGUUCGCCAUUUCUCUUCUUCAGACCUUCCAGAGCAUACAGUGCUGGGGAUGCCUGCUUUGUCUCCAACAAUGAGCCAAGGUAACAUUGCAAAAUGGAAGAAGAAAGAAGGAGAUAAGAUUGAACCUGGUGAUAUACUGUGUGAAAUAGAGACAGAUAAAGCGACACUUGAGUUUGAAUGUCUUGAAGAAGGGUUUUUGGCCAAGAUACUAGUACCUGAAGGUUCAAAAGAUGUGCCUGUGGGGCAACCCAUUGCAGUAAUGGUUGAGGAUGAAGAAAAUAUCACGAAGAUCCCUUCUACACUUGGGGCUGGAUCGGAUGUUGAGGAAAAAACAGCUCAUCAGGAUGUCAGAAACUCCGAAAAGGAAGAGGAACCAAGUUCUACUAACAUCAAAGCAUCGGAUCUUCCUCCACACAUUGUUAUUGGAAUGCCAGCACUCUCUCCCACAAUGAAUCAGGGUAACAUUUUCAAGUGGACGAAAAAAGAAGGGGAGAAGAUAGAAGUGGGGGACAUUAUAUGUGAGAUUGAGACUGACAAAGCUACCCUUGAAUUUGAGAGCCUUGAAGAGGGCUACCUGGCAAAGAUACUGGCUCCUGAAGGUUCAAAGGAUGUGGCUGUGGGUCAACCUAUUGCAAUAACAGUUGAAGAUCCAGAUGAUAUCGAAGCUGUGAAGACUUCUGCUUCUGGUGAUUCAGCUGUCAAAAAGCAAGAACCAACACAGAAUGAAUCAAAAAGUGAAGUUAGAGAACAGAAGUCUGGUUUUACAAAGAUCAGUCCAUCGGCCAAGUUGCUUAUUUCGGAAUAUGGAUUAGAUGCAUCAUCAUUGAAGGCAUCAGGUCCUCAUGGUACUUUGCUUAAAGGGGAUGUUUUGGCUGCAAUUAAGUCUGGAAAAGGAUCUCCCAAAAUUUCUCCAUCUGAGAAGUCAAAACCAUCACCUCAAACCAGCUCUCAGAAAUCUCCUUCUGUGAGGCCUGAGUCAAAGGCUCCCCAGCAAUCAGAUUCUUUUGAAGACUUGCCCAAUACUCAAAUACGCAAGGUUAUUGCAAGGAGGUUAUUGGAAUCUAAACAGACUACACCACAUUUGUAUUUAUCUUCAGAUGUUGUACUGGAUCCUCUUCUUUCUUUUAGGAAGGAGCUUAAAGAGAAGCAUGAUAAUAAAGUUUCAGUCAAUGACAUUGUCAUAAAAGCGGUUGCAGUUGCUCUAAAAAAUGUACCUGAAGCUAAUGCUUAUUGGGAUGUUGAGAAAGGGGAAAUAAUUUUGUGUGAUUCUGUUGACAUAUCAAUUGCAGUUGCUACUGAGAAGGGGUUAAUGACCCCAAUUGUAAGGAAUGCCGACCAGAAAUCCAUUUCAUCGAUCUCCUCAGAGGUCAAGCAACUAGCGGAAAAGGCACGGGCUGGGAAGCUUUUACCAAAUGAAUUUCAAGGAGGAACAUUCAGCAUUUCAAAUCUGGGAAUGUUUCCCGUCGACCAGUUUUGUGCGAUUAUAAAUCCCCCACAGGCUGGUAUUCUCGCUGUUGGUAGAGGAAACAAAUUUGUCGAACCGGUGGUUGGAAGUGAUGGGAUCGAGAGGCCUGCAGUUGUGACAAAAAUGAACUUGACGUUAUCUGCUGAUCAUCGUGUAUUUGAUGGCAAAGUUGGAGGAGCAUUUGUAUCAGCAUUAAAAGCAAAUUUCAGUGAUAUUCGGAGGCUUCUUCUAUGAUUACAUUUUUGUUGUUGAGAUUCCAAGAUAUCAGCUGUGGUGCAGAGAUGUCUUUCAUAAAGCUUGCCAAUAAUUCUUCAAACUGAUCAUUUUUAUGUCCCGGAACUUCCAUUGUGCGACAGACAAAUCGUCGUGCAAUCCUGGUUAUCGAAAUUUUUUUACUUCAACUUAACGGGAACCAAAUCGUUUCUGAUGUAGAAUUUUGCAUUAUAUUUUCAGUUUACCAUUUUCUUCAGGGCUUUUUAUGCAAUUUCAUGUUUCCAUCUGAUAAAUAAAGAUGAUGUAUGAUGGGAAAAUGCAAAUACUGAAAUUUCCAAUGACAUUUCUCAUGUAUACAAUUCCUUUUCUUGGUGGUUUUAAUUGAGAUUCUGCCUACUGAAUUGACCUAUA